UGGUGUGAACUUUAACUGCAGGUGUGUGAGUGUGUGUGUGUGUGUGUGUGUGUGUGAGAGGAGCAGCUCCUGUGGAAGUUGAAGGGUUUUUUUUAUGGUUCUGUGGGAUUUUUGUGCUGACCAGAUGUCCACUCGUGUUCCUUCAAACGGACAGAACCAGCGGCAGUGGGUCAGUGGGGUGUCUCAGUGGGGUGUCACAGUGGGGUGUCUCAGUGGGUCACGGACGGUGAAGGUAAACAACCAGGACGCAGUGAUGAAGGCACCUGCGUCAGUCGUGUGAUGUUUGCCGUCUGUUCAUUCAAGUCCGUCUGUGAAAAAACAGCAUGAAUUCGGUGUUAAUGAAUUAACGAGUGCAGCUGAAGCCGUUUUAGUCCCAACAACUUCGAUCGAGCAGGAAGUGGAGCCGCGGAAUGAAAACAACAUUUCUGAAAUGUCAGUGUUGAUGAAGAUAAAGGCGCAUUUCUGUACGAGACACAGAGUCCACGCCGGGACACGGGCCGGGACACGGAGGUCUGUAACUGGAGCUGGAGUCAUGUGAAACUGUCGGUGUCCACUUCAAACACAUGGAAGCUUCUCCUCCAAACCCCUGCAUGUGAACAAUGGAGGUGGAAACGAGUCGCAUUCGGACGAAGGUUCGAUGCCGUGGAGGGACAGUGGAGACGUGGACAGACCGCGGGACAGUGAGAGCAGAGAGGCGGACGUGGUCGACGGGACGACAUCAGCUGCAGAUAUUAAUUAUCACCACAAGGGGUCAGCAGACAAACAGAAGUUUAAUACACUGGGCUACCAGCGACGGACCAAACAAAAAGUCGUGACUGACUUUGCAACAGUGAGUAAAGGAACGUCUGCAGGAACCAGACCGAGGUCUGCGCUCCAGGUCCUGUUCAGUCAGGGAGUGUCUGACAAAAGCAUCGCCUCUGAGCAGGAGCGCGCUCAGCUGGACGUGUUGAAGCAGGAGCUGGAGGCGUUCGCCGUGCCCGUCAGUUUGAAGUGGAAAUGGAAGGAGGAGAGUGGAGGGACGACGCUGGAGAAGAACUGGACGGAUAUCGUUCACUCUCAUUCAAUUAUGGCAAAGACGCAGAGACACCAGCAGGAGGCGCUGUGGGAGUUUGUUCACACAGAGCUCACCUACAUCAACAAGCUCAUUAUCAUUAAAGACCUGGUCAUCGCCGCUCUGGUCAACCUGCACCAGCACGGACUUCUGCUGGAGGUGACGCCUCAGCUGCUCUUCUCUAACCUCAGCUCCAUCAUCGCUUCACACCAGCUCUUCUGGCAGGAGGUGAUUUACCCCAUGUUAGACGAGGUCCGCAGGACAGGUCAACCCUUUGACCCCAUGAGGUUAGAGGUCGGUUGUCUCCAGUUCCCGCAGCGUUUUCCUUCGUACCUGCAGUACUGCUGGGAAGAAGAGAACAACCUGGAGUUCUCACGCAGGCAGAUGGAGAGCAGCACACAUUUCCUCACCUACGUCCAGGUGUGUCAGUGGGUGGAGACUCAUCCUCAGUGCGAGCGUAUGCGACUUGGAGACAUGCAGGCCAAACCCCACCAGAGGAUCACCAAGUACCCCCUGCUGCUUAAAGCUGUGCUCAGAAACACCCAGGAAGCGCACGUGCAGCACGUCCUCAGAGGCAUGUUGUCCAGUGUGAACAGUUUCCUGGAGAGCAUCAAUGACUACCUGAAGCUGAAGGAUGAGGAGCUGGCUCUCUCCAUCUCUGCUCAGAGGGUGGAGGGAUACGACGUGGAGGGAAUAAGUGAAGAAAUCGACAAGCAUGUUCGAGAGAUCUGUCAGUUUGACCUCACCUGCCCCGUCAGGGGCGUAGGUCAUGGGGUCGUACGUAGGCUGCUGCUGGAGCAGAACUUAAAGAUUCGAGACAGAAAAGACAACAAACUGGAGGUGGUCGCUCUGCUUUUCUCAGACGUGCUGCUGAUGACAAAAGUCCAGAAGAAAGGAGAGCGACUCAAGGUCGUUCGGCCUCCGCUCGCCCUGGACAAAACCUCUUGUGUGGCACUGAAAGAUGGCUCUUCAUUUCUCCUGGUGGAGACUGGUGAACUUCAGAGCGCCAUGAACGUCUACAUUUUUACAGCCAGUUCUUCAGACAGCUGUAACACCUGGGUCUCCACCAUCCACCAGGCAAAGGAAACUCUGACCAAUCUGAGAAAAGUGGAAGACAAAAAACAAAUGGACGACUGGAAAGUCCGCCUGGAGAGCCGAGCCGUCGAGGAACCGAAGACGGAGUUCAUGGAGACAAAGGGUUAUUUGGUGGAUGAGCUCUCAGAGGAGGUUGUUCUCCCAGCGUCAGUUAACGGGACAUCGCCACCUGGAGGAGCUCACACACACUACCAUCCAGCGAGCGAUGAGUUCACUGACACCAACGGUUUACCUUUCUGGCACGCUCAGUCCGUGAACAGCGGCCACCAACCGCUGCGUGCGAGCGCGUACGCUCCACAACCAGCAGCUAAAGAAUACGAGUGGAUCGAAAUGGUGGUGAGAAGCGAUCAGGAUGAAAACCACGCAGCAGAAGACGGACGAAUGGUCGAGUCUCAGAUGACGGAUCAGCAGAUCCUCGACCUCAGCAGGAGAGUCCAGGUGUCCCCUCCUCUGGAUCUGUUCUUCUCAGGGUUUGCUGAAGAUCCAAGAUUCAGUAAAAUGACCAGACCUCAUGUUCUGUUAGUUGGAGGAUUACCAGACGUGGAUUACCCACUGGGUGACGACAGAACUUUACCCUUUACUCACCAACUACCCCUGACCAAUGAACUAAGACAAGGUCCUGAAUUUCAACCACCAGCAGCAUCAGUGAGAGCAGACGUCCAGUUUAUGGACCAGAACAUCAGUAAAGGUUCCUAUCCAAACCAUCCUAGAGACACCAGCACCUCCUCAGCCGCCUGGGGGCGCUCAAAAACGUUACAUUCUCCCAAGUUACGGAAGAGGAGGCCAGUGAGCAACCACCAGGGCCUCUCCAACCAGACGUCGAAGCAGUUCGACCCGGGUUUAGGAGAAACCUGGAGAUCUUUGAACCACUCUGACUCUAACAAACACCCUAACAGGGGAAACGCUGCCCCCUCUGGCCAAAGCUCAGAUUCACUUCGUGUUCUCAAGCUGGGUUCUCUGAAACCCAACCAAGGCAUGUUUUGGCACAUGGAGGGCAGAAACUCUCCGGAGACCCAGACCUUGUCCGAGUCCGAGCUGCAGGACCUGGACUUCCUCAGAGAAGACCCCAGAAUGAAGACUCAGCGCAGCGCCUCCGUCCCUCUGGAUGGAGACAACGGACUUCGCCUGCACAGCGGCAGACUGUACGCGUUACCGCAAGUACAGGAAAUUCCCUAUUCCCGUGCAGGACAUUGCCCCUCACCACUAGAGGGUCUUCUGGAAAGAGCAAAAGAAAGAGUGAAGGAGCGUAACGGCGUGAAGCGAGGACAGCAUGUCAAAGACGCCAAAUUAAGACCAAAAUAUCCCCCGCCGUCCCCCUCAUUUUCCAACACACCGUCGUCCUCGCCCAGCGUCACGGAGUGGGAGGAGGAGGUGGAGCUGAUGAGACACCGCGCGCUAACAGUGAGUAAAGAGUGGAAAGAGGAGCUGGUGGAUGGAGACGAGGACGACAACAGAAACAGCGUCGCCUUCUCAGAAGGCGUGAACGUGGACUGGCCCGGCUGGUGCUUCGAUGACGACGAGGUCAUGGACCAUCUGCAUCCUCGAGAUGAAGGUCUUCUGGAGGACAUCAGCAGGUCGUUGUCCUUCAUGGACUUUCAGCCGUUUUCAGAGUACGAGGAAGGGGAGUGUAGUCAGGUGUAGCUUUACCCCCCCCCCCCCCCCCC